AUUGGCAUCAAUAAUACUAGAGAUCAACAAAAAAUUUUAGGUGCUGUUAAAGAACUACAUAUAGAAGAAAUAAAGUUGGAAGAGCUGUCUGCAGUGACAAACUUGGAAUUCAGUGGUGAUGAAUUUCUUUCCUUUCUUAUGAAACUAAAAAGACAAUGCAGUCAACUUAAAACUUCUGUGCAGAAUGUUAUUAGUCAGUUUCCUACAGAUGCUCAUAAGUUGGUUCUUGAAUGGAGUCCACCCCAUAGUCUUGCUAGAGUAUGUGAAGAACUCAUUUUGAGUGCUGAAGAUCUGACUGCAGAGGCUGAAAAACUGAAAAUGGUCAUGAAUAAGCUCCAAGAUGGGCAGAAUGACGAUCCUUGCCGAGUGCAACCUUUGGUGGAAUACAGCAGAUGGAAGACAACUUUUUUAAAAAUAGCAGUACUAUCUGUGGUUGGGUCUGGAUGUGUUUUCUUUAUUUUCAAGUUAUCUCUAAAGAAAAACUGAAUUAAAAUAAGAUUUUAUUUAUAGUUG